AUGAGGAUGAUUAUGAUUAUACUGCCCAUGGAAGAAAGGUCUGGUGGAUAUGACAUUGUGCAAACACCAAAUGGAAUACUGGUGAGCGAUCUGCCUGGGAAGAUGGAGUUGGAUAAGCCGUUUGAGAUAGAUGGACAAGUGUAUGUGUGUGAGAAGUACGGAGAGGAGGUUAUGGCAGUGAGUGAGGUUGAAAAUGGAAGGAGCAAAAUGCCGACGAAGUGCAGGAGCUUCUAUGUUGUCCGAAGACUAUGA